AUGCAUUGCUGGAAAGCUCUAAUUUUUUCAGCGCUGUUUGUGGGCUGCAUUGGCAACACUGAGCCGCCAUCCAACUUGCUGGUGGUGGGCGGGUUUCCAAAAUGCAGCUCCUCGCACAUCUUUCGUGUUCUUCAAGCUCACCCAAACAUCGUCACGCUCGGAAAGCAAGUGGGCGUCCAGCCCGGUCAGGAGCUGGAGUUUGAAGAGGCAGCUUUCACCAUCGCGAGGUCCCUGCAAGUUCCUGGCGCACCUUUGGCCGAUGCUUGCUGGUAUCUGGGCCCAAAGGGCAGCACGGAAUGCCAGCGGCUGGUUGGCUGGAUCAGAGGGAAAUACGAUAACUCCACUGCCGCAGUGCUCGCGAUCACUGACAUCUUCUUUCUGGAGAAGAAGGUCAUGUUAUCUCGCUGGGCCGGCCGAGUCAAGAUGCUGCUCCUUGUUCGCGAGCCGGCAGAUUACUUAUGGUCUGCCUACAACUUCUGGGUGCUGCCGGGGGAACCCAGGAGUUCUCAGGACGACUGGACAGACAAGGGGAUACAUAAGCGCAGCCCCGAGCACUUCCAUGAGUUGGUCCUGGCGGAUGGCAAAAUGCCAGCCUGGCAGCCCCGAGCCAGCAAAGUGACAGGGCUGUGGUUCGACCUCGUCAUUGGCAUCGAAAACAUUUCCACCAACAUCCUAGUCUUGAAGUCGGAGGAUUUCAGCGACAAUGUGCAGACCACCUUGGAUCGGCUGCUCAUCAGAAAGAAUGUGUGCAGGUUGGGCUCCUUCGCAGGUGUGAGUGCUGCCGGCUUCCCGUCAACAGCUGUUCUUGGCCGCACCAACUCGCAAACCACUGCUGGUGGCCGAGGAGCAGGCACCUUCCAGAGGGGUUUCUCCUUCGUAACCGGUGUGUAUGAGAUUUCUGGCAAGAAACCUAUGCUGUGUGCAACGAGAUUGCUCAUCUACUCCAAGAACAAAGAUGUUUGCAGAGUGCUGAGCUCGUCUUUUGGAGUCCACUACCGCGAAUGUCUUGGAGAUGAUCCCGUGGAUUGUGCCAGCGAGCAUGGCAACGAGCAUUUUAAUCCGAGCCCCGAGAAAAUCCAUGCCUUACUCGAACUCCGGCGUGCAAAGCUUAAUCAGAUGCAAGGACAGAUCAGAGUUGUCAAACGCAAGACUCCCAUGGAGCCAGUACCUGAAGCUGCAUUACCCUCAGUGUCUGCAUUCCCCUCAGUGUCCGCAGCGCCUUUGUUGGAAAAGCCUCCGCCUGACCUGGCGGAACAAGCGGUUCCCCCAAACCUGCUGGUGGUUGGAGGCUUUCCAAAGUGCGGCUCGUCGCAUAUCUAUCGCAUGUUCAUGGCUCAUCCGAACGCUGCGACGUUCUCCAAGCAGAUCGGCGCGCUGCCUGCCUUGGAGCUCGAGUUUGAGACAGCAGCUUUCGCAAUCGCAAGGACCCUGCAAGUUCCGGGAACACCCUUGAAGGAUGCCUGUAAGGACUUCCAUGGUCGCCUCGGCCAAGAGUGUGCUCGUCUCGCCGGUACGGUACGGGGCAAAUAUGACGCUGCCGCCCCGGCGGUGCUCGUCAUCACUGACAUCUUCUUCCUAGAAAAGAAGGUCCUGCUGUCUCGCUGGGCGGGCAAAGUCAAGAUGCUGCUCCUUGUUCGCGAGCCGGCAGACUACUUAUGGUCUGCCUACAACUUCUGGGUGCUGCCGGGAGAACCCAAAAGUGAGAUGGACGACUGGACAGAAAAAGGGAGCCUUGACAGCAGGAUCUGGGGUUAG